CUGAGGCCACAGACAUGCCCUGCAAGGUGCUCGCCGUCUGCCUCCUGGGGCUCCUGGCUCUCUCCUCUGCUUGCUACAUCCAGAACUGCCCCAUCGGGGGCAAACGUGCUGUCCUGGACAUGGACAUUAGAAAGUGCCUGCCCUGUGGGCCCAGGAACAAGGGCCACUGCUUUGGUCCCAACAUCUGCUGUGGAGAAGAGCUGGGCUGUUACAUGGGCACCUCAGAGACUCUGCGCUGCCAGGAGGAGAACUUUCUGCCCACCCCCUGCGAGUCGGGACACAAACCCUGCAGUGGUGGGAGCUGUGCAGCCCCUGGCAUCUGCUGUGGCACUGAUGGCUGCGUGGCUGACUCCUCCUGUGACCACGAGAUGCUGCUGGAAUAGAGCAUCCCUGGAGAGAAAAUCCCAUGGGAUCCCUGCAGCAGCCACGGAACUGGCAGUGCAGUGCCUGCAUCUGGGAUGGAAGCGAUGAGCUUCAUGAGAAAUAAAACCUGUAC